GGUACCUCAGGCUUAAGGCGAAUGUUUACCUGUAAUCAAUUAUUUAAAGGACCCUACUUGACAAACUAGUAUCCUACAUAUCGCUAUCAUUGAAUAGGUUUGUCUUUCCCGCACAUUAAAAAUGUACUCCUUGUUGCAUAAAGAGGAAUCAGCACAUGAAGAAAGUAUCUGGUCGUGCUCUUGGGGCCGGAUAAAGUUAUCUUCAGAAGAAGAUGCUGAUAAAGCUGAUGAUGACAACUCUCGUGAUUCAUUUGACAACAAAACUAAACCGGAUGAUUAUAGAAAUUUUGUUGUAACCGGCGGAUUGGAUGAUCGGGUGAAGGUUUGGGAUGUUACUUCAAAUAAUAAAUUGAAGUUAAGAAAUACAUUUACGGGCCAUUCGCUUGGGGUUGUUUCGGUUGAUGUCAGCACUAGUGGAGAAGUUAUUGCGAGUAGCUCGCUUGAUUCGGGGCUAUGUAUCUGGAAGGCCGAAACAGGUCAAUUAUUGAAUCAAAUAUCGCUAGGACCAGUUGACCUAUGGACCGUCGCGUUCUCUCCUUGUGAUAAAUACAUUAUCUCGGGAUCUCACGAAGGAAAAAUUUCAUUAUAUAGCGUCGAAACGGGAAAGCCUGAACAUGUACUGGAUCCUCAAAACGGAAAGUUUACAUUGAGCAUUGCUUACAGUCCUGAUGGGAAAUAUAUUGCAAGUGGUGCCAUUGAUGGCAUCAUUAAUAUAUUCGAUGUGGCUGCUGGAAAAGUGGCACAAACCCUGGAAGGUCACGCUAUGUCUGUAAGAAGCCUUUGUUUCUCACCGGAUUCUCAAAUGCUAUUGACUGCUUCUGAUGACGGUCACAUGAAAUUGUAUGACGUAGUGCAUUCCGAUGUGGUAGGAACAUUGUCCGGACACUCAUCGUGGGUACUAUCGGUAUCAUUCUCGGGUGAUGGCAGAAGUUUCGUUUCAUCAUCAAGUGAUAAAAGUGUAAAAGUGUGGAACGUUGCUGAGCGCCAAUGUCUCCACACAUUUAAUGAUCAUCAAGAUCAAGUGUGGGGAGUGAAGUACAGCCAGGAUAGUUCGAAGAUUAUUUCAGUUUCUGAAGACAAAUGCGUCAAUUUAUACGAUUGUCCACCAAAUAUAAUUUAAACAAAUUACUUUA